AUGAACUCAGCUUCUAGCAAUUAGUUGCUUCAAAAACUUCAAAAUUUGUAUUCUACAUAAAAGAAAGCUAGCCAACACUCACAUUCACCAAUUAAGCCAAUUGCCACUAAAGAAAUCAACUAAUUGCUGUAAAAGUCAUCACCAGUCCCUUACCUUUAAGUCAAACAAUAUGAUGUAGAAUAAUGGACUGAUCGUAUUGUUAGAUAAAUAGAUAAGCAUAAUUCAUUUACUUAAAAUGAAAUUCCACUUGAUAUACAACCUUAAAAAUACUCUAAUAUCAAUACACCUAUUGAACAAUCCUUGAUUAAAUCACUGGCACAUAUUGAAAAAUAGCUUAAAUAACUUAGAUAUUCUAAAGAUCAUGAUUAACAUACCUUUACAACCAUUAUAACAAAAAUGAAACUCUUUUGUCUUGAUAAUUCUACAAUUUGCUUUGAUUUUUAUAGAUGUACAGAUCUUAUUCUACUCAAAUUCAUGAUUUAUCUUUUAAUCUUAGAAUUAAACCAAUAAUCUAAUAAUAAUAAAAAAGAAUAAGUAUAAGAUUAGACUUAGCAAUUUCAAAAUAUGGUUAAGGAUAUAGUAACUAUUGUGUAUGA